AUGGGUAAACCUCAGUACCUUCAAAAAUUUCGAGAGGAGUGGUUAACCGAAAAAUUAUUUAAGGACUGGUUACUAAAAAUUGAAAAUGAUAAUUCAAAGACCAGAUGUAGAUUUUGCAAAAGUGAAAUUAACGCAAAACGUUAUGAUCUGAUACAGCAUUCAAAUUCUAAAAAACACAAAGAAGCCUCUAAGGCUUUUUCGACAUCCAGAUCCAUAACCUCAUUAGGAAAAGUCUCAUGUAUAAAAACUUCAAUGGCAGAAGGUGGAUUAGCUUUGUUUAUUGCGGCGCAUUGCUCAAUAUUGAGUUGUGACCAUCUUGGAGAGUUGUGUGUAAAACAGUUUCCUGACUCAGAAGCUGGAAAAGGUAUUAAAAUGCAUAGAACCAAAUGUACGACAGUGAUAUGCAAUAUUCUAUCCCCUCAUUUUGAAAACAAUUUGAAAAAAAGUAUUGCUGACCAACCGUACAGCAUUCUCAUCGAUGAAUCGACUGACAUAAGUGUAUUGAAGUUUCUUGGAAUAACGAUCAUGUAUUUUGACAGAAAAAUUGGAAAAAUAAUGUCGACAUAUUUAUCUUUGGUCGAAAUGGAAGCGUGCGAUGCAGAUGCAAUUACAGAGGCUGUCUGUAAAACUAUUGAAGAAAAAGGCCUCAACAUCAAGAAAAUGGUAGGUCUUGGUAGUGACAAUGCAUCGGUAAUGGUAGGUACUAACAACGGAGUUUAUAAAAAAUUAAAAGAGAAAGUUCCAUCGCUUAUCCAUAUACCUUGCGUUUGUCACUCAUUGCAAUUGGCGGUUUCAGCUGCAGCCAGUACAGCAUUGCCUAGAAACAUUGAGUAUUUAAUUAAAGAAACGUACAAUUGGUUUAGCCAUUCCACGCUGAGGCAGGCACAGUAUAAAAAUUUAUAUAAUGCUAUAAACAAUGGACAUAAUCCAUUGAAGAUUGUAAAGGCGUGUGAUACAAGGUGGUUGUCGAUCGAAACAGCGGUUUCACGGAUACUUCAUCAGUGGAUUGAGUUGAAAACACUUUUUCAAAUAGCUAGGCAAAAAGAAAAGUGCUAUAAUGCUGAAAUUUUAUUUAACAUGUAUAGUGAUAAUAACAACCUUGCAUAUCUCACUUAUUUACAUCCUGUAUUAGUUGAGAUUCAAAUUGUUAAUAAGUCUUUCGAGUCUAACAAUGUAGAUUCUAGUAAACUUUUGGACGAUUUAACAAAUUUG